GUGGCCCUUUGGGAAUUUAUUCUCAAAGUUUUUGACUAUAUGCUGGGACUUAUAUCUUUAGGAAUAUAUUUACUAAUAAUAAUUAAUUUGUAUUUGAUAAGUUUAUUAAAUGUUUAUAUAAUGACCCCCUCCCGGAGGGAGGGGGAGAUAACCCCCCUUUGUGGGGGUCAUUAUUGAUUUUAUUAUUAUAAAUUUAUAAUAUAUUAUAUUAUGUAUAUUAGUCAAAAUAAUAUUAUUCCUGCAGUAUUAGAAUACUCGGAUAUACAAUCAGCAGAAAACCUUUCGGGAUUCUCAGAGACUAUAGGUCAAAAUUCUAAGUAUAUUAAAGAAUACACUGAUGACAAAAGAUUUUGACAUUGAUUCGCAAGUGUAUUAGCUGGAGAUGGUCAUUUUCCCCACCCCCUGCUUUGCAGGGGGGGAUUAUAA